CUUCGUGACGCCGUGGCGCUUUCCAAGGAGACGGUGCCGAUCCCUGAAUCAAAACCGAAGAGACGCCUCAGUACUAGGGUGACCACGAGCUCAAACGGUUCAAUAUUGUUGUUCAAAGAGUGUUCAAUCGAACGUGUGUUUAACAUGGCAUCGAGCAUCAACUGCAUUUUCGCCCUCGUGGCAUUAGCAGUUGUAAUUCAAACCGGAGCUGCUGUUGAGAAGUGCUGGAGUUGUUCUAGUGAGCAGAACGGUGUUUGUGAACAUUUGGAUAAUGCAACUGCUCUCACGAGGGUUAAUUACCUGCGUGAUUGUCGUUACUCUGAGUCACCGAAUUCAUACAUAAAUACCGAAAAAAGAAUCUGCAGGAAGUUCAUCUACACCGGUGAGUACUCGCGUUUAUUCUGGCUAGCGUAAGUAAAUACUUCUGCA